CGGCAGCGGGCAACAGAGGGUGCAGCGAUUGGCGGCAGGGCCUGGCUCCGUCAGUUUAGUUACCGCACCACAUAAAGGCAUUGCGUUGUAGACACCGUUAUACCCGCAACAUUCUUACUAUUUGCUUGUAUAUCUUCAUUUCUGACCCUUUAAUUCGACAAUACGUUCGUAUCGUUGGUACAUAUAGAAUCGUCCUCACCGUAUAUACCGAUCAAUCAUUCUUACUUUCUCCCGCCCACGUGUCAACGAGAUACUAAUCGAAAACCGCGUGUGUUCACGCACAACUUCGAACCGCGUUUAAACUAACGAAAAAAAGAAAGAACGAAGAAGAAAAGAGAGAAACGAAAAAGUCGAAGGCAAAAAGAGUACAACGGACGACAACAACAGCAACAACAGUAAUCAAUAGAAAACACGAUUAAUAGAAAACGAGCUGCGAGUAAAACGAAAUAAUCGAAGUUGAAAUCGAUCGGUCAGCGGAGAAAGAAAUUUCGUCAACAGACUUGGAUCGUCGUACCACGUUCUUUCACGCGCGUCUUCGUCGGGGAUCUUAUGAUUUCGUUCGUCCAUUUCUACCCCCCUUCCCGGAUCCUUAUUUUUAUCCCUUCGCCUCCUGGAACGGUCAGCUUCUCGAAGAUCGAUCUCGAUCGACGUGCACGCGGUUCUCCUUCUAACUUUGUCUAAAAAAAGAAAGAGAGAAAGAACGAAGGAAAAGAAAAAGAUAAUUAAAGCUGCGAGGAUAAAGUAUACGUCGCCGGUUCUCCACGAAGAUAAUUCAGUGUGCGAUACGUUGACGAGGUUGGUGUUAAAAAUACAGAGAGCAGGAAUCGUCGUCUGGAAGAUCCUUUAGUCGGCAGAAGAGGUCUUGUGGAGAAGGGAAAAGGAAAACGUACGGAUGAGAAAGGGAGGAGAGGUAGAGGGAGAAAGACGAAGUAAUAGUGUUGGCCGGUGGGUGUGAAAGAGAGACACUCGAGGGUGUGUUCCGUGAUUUUCUUCGUCAUUUUUUUUCCCCCUUUCGUUUCGUCGAUACAUUAAGAAAUCAAGUGUCAUAUGUACGUGCGAUCGUCGUGUAUCCAGUAGGUUCGAUUGUUUUUAUAAAGUAUAGACUGUAAUUCUUCGUUGUCGAUCGAAGAAAGUGCGAGAGAGAUAUCUGGAGAAGGACUUGAACUUGUAAUUCGUCGCCAUAAUUCGACAAACUUGGCCGUUUAAAAAUCGAUUAAAAUUAUCGCGUAAAACACGGGCACGGUUCAGAACGAAAAAUAAACGAACAAACGGAUAAACGAAACACGCACACAUCGUCGUUUAAAGAACGAAAAUUAAAUACGAAACGGAACAAAGAACGAGCAUUAAACGAGAUAACAACGAAAUGAAAAUCUAGCGAUAUAGAUAAUAUAUACAAAAAAAAGGCAGAGAUAACACUUCAUUUAAAAAAAAAACUAAUAAAAACGAAAAAAAAAAAAAAAAAACAUUAACCCACCGUCGUUUCGUUCUACGCCCAGAUAUCGGCAUCCUCCAACCACUGAUUUUCAUCGUUAACCGUUCGAAUCCUUCUUCCCACUUGCGGAGUAACCGGCGAAAGAGCAAACGGAAAAAAAAAGAAUCGAAAGAAAAAAAGUCAUAAUUAAACGAGGAAAAAAAGAAAGACGAGAAACUGAAAACGAGAGAGAAAUACGGUCUCGAAAAACACGGUCGAUCGAAUAUGUUGAAUAUGUUCGGUAACAAGAUGAUGGAAAACGGCGAGAGUGUGCAUGAAGGAUCAAGCAGAUCCAGGAUGGAGCAACUGGCACUGCGGGUCCUCGUCGAGGACAAGCAGGAAGUCUCGAGAGGGACGCUUCCGUCCGCGAUGGCCUCGAUCACAAUGAUUUCGUACGUAGUUAGAGAGAACUCGGUAGAAGACUGCAAUGAUGGCGAACGGAAUGGACACAGUCGUGCAACAAAAUGGUGGAUCCACCCUCGGACAGGCCUCGCAGGAAGAGUCCAAGACGAAUCUCAUUGUAAAUUAUUUGCCACAGAGCAUGACACAGGAUGAGAUUCGAUCCCUCUUUGCGAGCAUAGGCGAGGUGGAGAGCUGCAAGUUGAUUCGCGAUAAACUCACCGGUCAGAGUUUAGGUUACGGUUUUGUUAACUAUCACCGGCCUGAGGAUGCUGAGAAGGCGAUAAACACGCUCAACGGUCUUCGUCUGCAAAACAAAACGAUCAAGGUAUCGUACGCGAGACCGAGCAGCGAGGCGAUCAAAGGGGCAAACCUGUACGUGAGCGGUUUGCCGAAGAACAUGACGCAACAAGACCUGGAGAAUCUAUUCAACCCAUAUGGCAGAAUCAUCACAUCGCGGAUACUUUGCGACAACAUCACCGUACGACAGUUUGUGACCGGCGGCGGAGACUAUUUGCCCGGAUUGUCGAAAGGGGUCGGUUUCAUAAGGUUCGACCAGCGGGUCGAGGCCGAGAGGGCGAUUCAAGAGUUAAACGGUACCGUUCCGAAGGGCUCAUCCGAGCCGAUCACCGUCAAGUUCGCCAACAAUCCGAGUAACAACAACAAGGCGAUACCGCCGUUGGCCUAUCUGACACCGCAGGCGACCCGACGAUAUGGCGGCCCGAUCCACCAUCCAACCGGCCGCUUCAGGUACAUUCCACUGUCGCCACUAUCCAGCACUGGCAAGGCCAUGCUUGCCAUUAACAAAGGCUUACAGAGGUACAGCCCGCUGGCAGGCGAUCUAUUGGCGAACUCAAUGCUACCCGGGAACGCGAUGAACGGUUCCGGCUGGUGUAUCUUCGUGUACAACCUCGCUCCAGAGACCGAGGAGAACGUGCUGUGGCAGUUAUUCGGUCCGUUCGGCGCCGUCCAAUCGGUCAAAGUGAUCCGCGACCUGCAGACGAACAAGUGCAAAGGCUUCGGUUUCGUGACGAUGACCAACUAUGACGAGGCGGUGGUCGCCAUCCAGAGCUUGAACGGUUACACGCUAGGUAACCGGGUUCUUCAAGUGAGCUUCAAGACGAACAAGAGCAAGGCGACGUAGAACGACAAGCAACAGCUCCAGCAACACCACGAUCACCAUCAUCAGGCAGCAGCAGCGGCAGCAGCAGCAGGAACAGCAGUGGCAGCAACGCCAGCUGUGGCGGCAGCCGCGGCCGUGAUCGGUCAAGCGACCGCAACCAAAACCGUGCUCGGUUCAACGAUCGCAGCAGCCGCAUCGGUGGUCGCCGCAACAGCGACCGCUGCUGCUGCGGCCGCGGCUGCGGCUGCGACCGCGGCUGCGGCUGCGGCUGUGGUCACGCCCGCGACCGUCCAAGCGCUCGCGACUGCCUGUGCUUCCACUAAGAAGAUCGACCACCACCAUCUCCCUGUCGAUUCCGUGAUCAACACCCUGAACAGUCGUGAUCGCGGAGCAAACCAUCAUAACAAUCAGAACUACCAUAACCAGCAUCAACACCAGCAGCAGCAGCAGCAGAAUCAGAAUCACCCGUUAAAAGAUUACCUGGCCGAUGUGUCCAAAUGCGAAAAGAUGACUAGGGCUCUGGUCUCCGUGAAGAAAUAUCGGUGGGUCAGAUACGACUACGAGAACCACGACGACGAGUACAAUUCCGACUAAUAUUCGGAGGAUGCUGAGUUCCCUGGAGAAUAUUCGGCCGAGGGAUGAUGGAAGGAAAAAAGACAGGAGCAGAGUGAGAGAACAGGAAGAAAGGGGAGAAUGCUAAGAGAUACUCGUGCGUGUGUGUGCGUGUAUACGUGUGUCUGUACGAGCAAGGGUGCGAUGCAUAUGCAGUAGGUGCGCGUGGCUGAGAGGGAGAGGGACGUAAAGAGACGAGGAUGAACAGACAGCGAAGACGAAGAGAGGUAGGUCGUGGUACGCGAUCGCUCGCCCGAUAUCCCUAAUUAUACAUCGUGCACAGGAACGAAGAGGAGGGUAAAGAGGAAGCUUCGCUUUUUCUUUAUUUCCUUCGCCUUAGCUUUCACCCUCUCCCUCUCUGGUUACUCGUUUCUUUUCUCCCGCUGUUCGUCCACGACAGAAGGUUAACGCGAGGUCCUGUCGGCUUCCGUAGCUCGUGGGAUUCGCGACUGUGUCGCUUCAUUCCCGCGGCUUGGACGGAAUAAACGAUAAGAUGAAAUCGGACGAAAAGAAAGGAACGUCCGUAGCGACCAAACGUGGCUCGUGCGACUGCUUGCGAAUAUUGUACAUACAUAUUGCCGAUUUAUGUAUAUGUACGCGGAUACACGGGCCACGUAAUACUAAAUAUAAUAAUAAUAAUAACGUUACCGUAUCGAUCGACAAACAUAGAGGAGAUAAUUUGUCAUGGAAAUCGAGUUGGCGAGAGAAAUAAAGGGAGGACGAGAGUCCCCUCUACUAGACCAAAGAGUCACGACGACGUCAGGCUGUGAGACUCGAGCAAAAUUUAUAAAAGGCAGGGCCUGAUUGAUUUUUUUCCCUUUUUUUUUUUUCUAAAAUCAUUGACAACUCACGACGUAAGAGAAGCGGACAAGAAAACGCGACAGUGCCUCGUGUUUUCCCGAUUAGAUCGGCUACGUGUGAACUCGAUGGAAAGGAUCGGUGGACAUACAUAUGGAGGAUGGAAAAGAGUGCGUAGUAGUAGGUGACUGUAGGGGAAUGACGUAGAAAGGAGAGACGAGUGAGUAGAGAGAGAAUAGAAGGACGUGGCGAGACAAUACAGACGGAUCGCGAUCGAGGACGGGACGGGGACGAUCGAUAGAUCGAUCGAAGUACGAAAGGAGGCAAGUCGCUCUCUGGUAGAGGAUAUAAGAGAAACGGGAAUGAAUACCAAUAGUCAAAACAAUGACACUGACGCAUAUGAGAAGCCUCGCGUUCGAUUUUUAGGAUGCGAGGAGACGCCGAUGAGAGCGGGAGAACUAGUUGUUAAAUGCAGACGAUCGAUUUCCCCUUUUUCUUUCUCCUGUUUAGCCAGUGAGACUAAACGUACUUAAAGAAUCUAAACUUUCUUAAUCCGUAGUUAAAUUAAGGACGAGUCAUCAUUCGACGAGUACCGAAAGACGAAGUAUAAUAAUUAUUACCUAUUUAAGAAGAUAUUUUAGGGCUUAUGUGCUAUACAUUACAAUGCGAUGUCGCGAAAAUUCGAGAGAUCGAAACGUCAUAAAAGUGACCCGAGGGAUUACGUCAUGUUUCCUGAUAACGUAGCAGCGUGUUGUAUCUUUUCAUUUUGCUAGUCACGAGCUCUUGUACUUCUCUGCCGGUUGUCCAAAGAAUAUCCAAUUUUUCAUUUUCUUUUCGUUUUUUUUUCUUUUUCAUUUUCUUUUUUUUUUUUUCUUUUAUUUUUCUUAUGUAUAGAUAAUAUGUACGUAUAAGAGAGAUCUUAGUUAGUACAAAGUGCUUUCUUGAGUGCAGAGUCUGAUUUUAUCGAGCAUCGCGUAUUAGUGUCCCUCGAAUGUGCACCGUCCACAAACUUGGACGUUUUAGAAGAACUUUGUCAGCCAACUUUUUAACAAAAACACACAUCCACUUUACACACACGUACACGUAUACAUACAAAGACAUUGCUUGCAGCGGGGAGAAAAGGAACAAAGGAGGGAUUCUUCCUCCCCGUCGCAACGAAGAUGUUCCGAUUUUUAUAAACACGAACGUUCGAUUUCCCUUUUUUAACGAAAAUAUUGAAAGAAAAAAAAAGUCCAACGUACAAAAUAAUAUUUCAUAGAGACGGUUUACUUAUACAUACGGUACGCAGAUUGGACGCGUCGUGUCUUUUCUUGCAACGAAGAACGAACGAAAGAUUAAACGAAAGAAACACUUCGCGACGGUGCACGGAUAUGUGAUACAGACAUGAUGUUGAAGUACGAUCGACGAAUAAUUUCCGGAUCAUCGGGAAACACGUGUCUAGUCUACGUGCAAAGAGGCGUCAGUGCAUAGAAAACGGCGCCGCGUGUUAAGAACCUCUCUCCACACAGAGAACGAGAAAACUCUUUUCUUUAGACUAGUAAGCAAAUCAGACAGGCGAUUUCAAAGAAGGCGCGUUUUAGGUGGUACGAUGUAUAAGGUAAGCGAACCGUUUCGCCCGCGCUAGCCCAUACAAGUAAUUCCCCUGAAUGGGAUUAGACGUACUAUCGAAAACCAAAAACCAAAUCUUUUUCUUAGAUAGCGAACAAAGACUAAUUGGAUAGAAGAAUAUCGAAUUACGUUUUCUUAAAUACAUAUUACCUUGUAGCGGUGAUCGGGACUAGCGCGAACGAACAUGGAUCGUAAGUACUUAAUCGUGAGUAAAUUUCGAAAAUUUCUUAAGCUCCUAGGUUUAGUAUAACGCGACAGAAAAAAGCGUAGCAUAUAUAUAUAUAUAUGUAUAUAUAUACAUAUAUAUACACACACACACAUAUAUAUACACAUAUAUAUAUGUUGUCCUAUUUAUGUGUACCUUCUUGUGUCUAGUCCGGGAGCGAGGAACAGGCUGUUCGUUCGAAAGAGAAUACGCUCCCUAGGAGCACGACGAUAUACACUUGUCCUCCCUCCCCAAAAAAAAAAAAAAAAAAACGUAAUUUGAACCUCAAGCAACAGAUGCUUUCUGCUAAGAUUUUAUUUUAUUUAUUUGGAAAACUCGUGAAUAUCGAUCGGUCGCGCGCGACGCGUACACCCUUCGGUUCUUUCGAUCGGGUGUUGUUGGACGACGCGAUCGACGCGUCCACGGGGCAAACAAGAUCUCGAUAUUAGUGCAAAUUAUACACUGGUCGGCUGACAAAAAGCAAACUGGCGUCAUCGCGUGCAGUGGCGUGUGUUACAGACGUCAGAGAUAAAGGAGAAACGAUUCGCCCCUCGUUGCUUCGAUGCUUCUUGCACCGAUCAUGAUCCUUGAUUGAUUUGCUGUGAAGGUAUGAAAAAAAUAAUAGUAACACGACUUUAAUCGAAGCAGGAUAGUUGCGUAACUGGAUACAAUGGUGCGUGUAGGAGAUACCACAUAUACAAUUGUAGCUCGAAUGAUUUUUGGCGAAGCGUGAGGGUUUCGAAGGGGGAACGUCCGAUGACCCUCUGAACGGGGGACGAAUCGCAUGUAAGAAAUCAGUUUCAAUGUUUUCUAAUAUUAAAACUAUAAAUUUUCUCCUUUUCAUAAUUAUUAUUACGUAUAUUAAUUAUACUUAUUAUUCUGGUUAUUAUUAUUAUUAUUAUUGCCAUUGUCAUUGCCAUUAUUAUUAUUCAUUAUUAUCAUCAUCUUCGUCAUCGUCAUCAUCAUUAUCAUCAUUAUCACGAUCAUCGUCACGAUAAUCAUCGCUAUUAUUAUUAUUAUUAUUAUUAUUAUUAUUAUUACUAUUAUUAUUAUUGCUAUUAUUAUUAUUAUUAUUAUUACUAUUAUUAACUAUGAUCGUAUAUAAUUUUUGUGUCUCUCGUCUAGUAGCUACGUGUAAAACCUUAAUGCCUUUAUUAUCUAUCUAAUUUUUCGUACCACUAAAGAGGAAAAAAACAUCUUACUCACUUUACUUAACAUCACACUACUACCGUUACUUUCUCUCAACCGCUAUAACUACUUGCUAUAACUAUUACUAUUAUUACC